ACCACAGCAGCUCCAACCACAACUACAGCAGCUGCAACCACGACUACAGAAGGACCAACCACAACCACAGCAGCUGCGACCACAACUACACCAACUGUGACCACAACUAGAGCAACUCCAACCACAAGCACAGCAGCUGCAACCACAAGCACUGCAGCUCCAACCACAACAACUGCACCUCCAACUACUGCAACUGCAGCUCCCACCACAACCACAGCAUCUCCUACCACAACCACAGCAGCUCCGAACACAACUACACCAACUGCGACCACAACUAGAGCAACUCCAAACACAAACACAGCAGCUCCAACCACAACCACAACAGCUGCAACCACAAGCACUGCAGCUCCCACCACAACCACAGCAGUUCCGACAACAACUACACCAACUGCGACCACAACUAGAGCAACUCCAACCACAAGCACAGCAGCUCCAACCACAACUACACCAACUGCGACCACAACUAGAGCAACUCCAAACACAAGCACAGCAGCUCCAACCACAACCACAGCAGCUGCAACCACAAGCACUGCAGCUCCAACCACAACAACUGCAACUCCAACUACUGCAACUGCAGCUCCCACCACAACCACAGCAUCUCCUACCACAACAACAGCAGCUCCGACCACAACUACACCAACUGCGACCACAACUAGAGCAACUCCAACCACAAACACAGCAGCUCCAACCACAACCACAGCAGCUGCAACCACAAGCACUGCAGCUCCAACCACAACUGCAACUCCAACUACUGCAACUGCAGCUCCCACCACAACCACAGCAUCUCCUACCACAACCACAGCAGCUCCGACCACAACUACACCAACUGCGACCACAACUAGAGCAACUCCAAACACAAACACAGCAGCUCCAACCACAACCACAGCCGCUGCAACCACAAGCACUGCAGCUCCCACCACAACCACAGCAUCUCCUACCACAACCACAGCAUCUCCUACCACAACCACAGCAGCUCCGACCACAACUACACCAACUGCGACCACAACUAGAGCAACUCCAACCACAACCACAGCAUCUCCUACCACGACCACAGCAACUCCGACCACAACCACAGCAGCACCUACAACCACCACAGCAGGUCCAACCACAACAACAGUCGCUCCGACGACAACUACAGCAGCGGCAACCACAACAACUUCAACCCCAACUACUGCAACUGCAGCUCCAACUACAACCACAGUAGUUCCUACCACAACUCUGACUACAAUCACAGGAUCGCCAAUUAAAACCACAGCUACUCUAUCUACAACCACAGCAGCAGCCACUCCAGGUCCCACCACAACAUCUGCAGCUCCAACAACCACCACAGCAGUUCCAACCACAACUACAGCAGAACCAACAACCACCACAGUUGCUCCAACCACAACAACAACCACAGCAGCUCCAACCACAACUACAGCAGCUGCAACCACGACUACAGAAGGACCAACCACAACCACAGCAGCUGCGACCACAACUACACCAACUGUGACCACAACUAGAGCAACUCCAACCACAAGCACAGCAGCUGCAACCACAAGCACUGCAGCUCCAACCACAACAACUGCACCUCCAACUACUGCAACUGCAGCUCCCACCACAACCACAGCAUCUCCUACCACAACCACAGCAGCUCCGACCACAACUACACCAACUGCGACCACAACUAGAGCAACUCCAACCACAAACACAGCAGCUCCAACCACAACCACAGCAGCUGCAACCACAAGCACUGCAGCUCCAACCACAACAACUGCAACUCCAACUACUGCAACUGCAGCUCCCACCACAACCACAGCAUCUCCUACCACAACCACAGCAGCUCCGACCACAACUACACCAACUGCGACCACAACUAGAGCAACUCCAAACACAAACACAGCAGCUCCAACCACAACCACAGCAGCUGCAACCACAAGCACUGCAGCUCCCACCACAACCACAGUAUCUCCUACCACAACCACAGCAGCUCCAACCACAACCACAGUAGCAUCAACAACUACUGCAGAUGCAACCACAACAACCACAGUAGCAGCAACCACAACUUCAGCAGUACCAACGACAACCAUAGCAGUUCCAACCACAACAACAGCGGUACCAACCACAACUACUGCAGCUGCAACGACAACUACAGCAGCUGCAACCACAACAUCAGCAGCACCAACAACCACCACAUCUGCUCCAACCACAACAACAGUAGCUCCUACGACAACUACAGCAGUUCCUACCACAAACACAGCAGUUCCGACAACAACUACACCAACUGCGACCACAUCUAGAGCAACUCCAACCACAAGCACAGCAGCUCCAACCACAACUACACCAACUGCGACCACAACUAGAGCAACUCCAACCACAAGCACAGCAGCUCCAACCACAACCACAGCAGAUGCAACCACAAGCACUGCAGCUCCAACCACAACAACUGCAACUCCAACUACUGCAACUGCAGCUCCCACCACAACCACAGCAUCUCCUACCACAACCACAGCAGCUCCGACCACAACUACACCAACUGCGACCACAACUAGAGCAACUCCAACCACAAACACAGCAGCUCCAACCACAACCACAGCAGCUGCAACCACAAGCACUGCAGCUCCAAUCACAACAACUGCAACUCCAACUACUGCAACUGCAGCUCCCACCACAACUACACAAACUGCGACCACAACUAGAGCAACUCCAACCACAACAACAGCAUCUCCUACCACAACCACAGCAGCUCCGACCACAACUACACCAACUGCGACCACAACUAGAGCAACUCCAACCACAACCACAGCAUCUCCUACCACGACCACAGCAACUCCGACCACAACCACAGCAGCACCUACAACCACCACAGCAGGUCCAACCACAACAACAGUCGCUCCGACGACAACUACAGCAGAGGCAACCACAACAACUCCAACCCCAACUACUGCAACUGCAGCUCCAACUACAACCACAGUAGUUCCUACCACAACUCUGACUACAAUCACAGGAUCGCCAAUUAAAACCACAGCUACUCUAUCUACAACCACAGCAGCAGCAACCACUCCAAGUCCCACCACAACAUCUGCAGCUCCAACAACCACCACAGCAGUUCCAACCACUACGACAGCAGGACCAACCACAACUACAGAAGCACCA